AUGUCGAAUGAGCACAUGAAUAAAACACUGUCAGAAUCAGACUUAACCCAAGUGAAACCAUCGCCUGAUUUUGUUCUUUCCCGUCAAAAGAGAAGAAGGGAGGCAGACGAGGACUCUGAUAUAUGCAGAUCUAGCUUCAAGGAGGAAGUUAAAGAGCUCAUCACCUCUCUCAUGGCAAAGCAGCAAACAGAAAUAAAUAAUUUAGAACCGGUGUUAAGUGACAUUCAACAAUCAAAUCUCAAGAUAGAGAGCUCCAUUUCUUUCCUCACUUCGCAAAAUGAAGAACUUAAGAAAAAGAUAACUCAGCUGGAAUUACAAACAAGGAAAGACAAGGACUACAUAACCAUUUUAGAAAACAAAAUCGAAGACUUUCAGAUGACCCAAAGAAAGGCAAACUUUGGAAUAAAAAAUGUGCCAAAGGUUCCUGGAGAAACUAAGAGCGACUUAGUUCAGAUGGUCCUUUCAUUGGCUGAAACUGUUGAUUGCAAGGUUGAGAAAAGAGAUAUAUGUGAUAUAUAUAGGGUGAAAAGCAAGAAUGAAGCUAGUAACUCACCGAUAGUUGUUGAAACAACUUCUACACUACUAAAACUAGAUUUUAUGAAGACAUGUAAAACAUUUAAUAUCAAAAAUAAGACAAAAUUAUGCGCCAAACACCUUGGGAUGCGGAAGAAGGAAGACACGCCCAUCUUUCUAUCUGAAAACCUGACACCUAAAGGUUCUAGACUACAUUUCCUUGCCCGUGAUUUGGUGAAGACAAAGAACUACAGGUAUUGCUGGACGGCAUAUGGAAAAAUCUACGUACGAAAGGAUGAUAAUUCACCUAUCGUAUUAAUAUCAUCAGAAGACCAGGUUCAACAUUUGCUGCAGGGAUCCUGA